AUGAUACCCCCGUUACCAACGAAGAACGCCGUCAUGUCCCGCCUCAUAAAGACUGUCGAUUUAUCAAACACAACUACGGCAUACUACGCACCAGCAACGAUCACACGCAGUGGUGCUCUGGUGCAUGUAUCGGGCCUACCUGGCAACGCCAAAGAUGGCCAUGUUCCAGCAGACUACGAAUCACAAGUCCAUCUUGCGCUGCUGAACCUGCGAAAAGUCAUUCUGGCUUCGGAGUCAGCGGUCUCAAACAUUGCAAGCUUGACGCUCUACAUUGUCGAUUACGAUGCCGCGAAGCAACAGCAUGCCCGUCACGUCCAACGGUUCCUGGGACAGCACCGUCCAGCAAUGACUCUCGUUCCCGUGCAGCAGCUCGCUGUUCCGGGAUGGCUUAUUGAGAUCAAUGCAGUCGUGGCUCGCCCGGAUCUGCUAACUGUGCCUCGAAUCUUACCUUCUGUGCAGCAGCAGCAAACUGUCGAUGUCGUCAUUAUUGGUGCGGGACUGGCGGGGCUUUCUGCAGCUCACCAAGUCCGAAAAGCCGGCCUUAGUUGCAUUGCUCUGGAGGCCCGCGAUCGUGUGGGCGGCAAAACGUGGAGCCAGCCGAUGGAGGAUAACGGAGGCCGAGGAGUUUUUGAUGUCGGGGCGGCCUGGAUCAACGACACGAACCAGAGCAGGAUGUUCGAGCUCGCCAGAAGAUACGGAGCAGAGUUGAUUGAGCAGAAUACCACGGGAAACUGCGUUCUUCAAGAUUUUGAAGACAAAUGCAGCUCCUUUGCAUAUGGCGAGCUACCCAACUUCAACGAAGCAACUCGCAGUCAUCUAGCCCAAAUUAGGGAUAUAGUGGAAGCAGAUUGCCAGGCCCUUGACGUCUACAGACCAAAGAACACAUCAUUCGAUUCUCUUACAUUUGAGGCAUAUCUUAAAUCUCGAAAUGCCGAUGCUGCCGCGCUUGCCACCGCUACAGUAUGGACUCGAGCAAUGUUGGGCCAGGAGCCGAGAGAUAUCUCGGCACUUUACUUUCUCAACUACUGCAAGUCCGGCGGCGGUCUGCUGCAGAUGAGGUCGGAUAGAAAAGACGGAGGCCAAUUCUUACGAGUCCGCCAGGGAACGCAGUUGUUUUCAAAGGGCAUGGCGUCUUCGUUGCCUGACGGCAUCGUCCGCCUCUCCAGCCCCGUACAAGCCGUCGUUCAAGGAGAGAACCGUUUCGUCAACAUCGAAGCUGGCGGAAAGGUAUUUGCGGCACAAAAGGUCAUCACCACCGUCCCAGGCCCUGUUCUCAAGACCAUCUCUUUCACCCCACCUCUGCCAUAUCAGAAGCGGGCCUGGAUCGAGUCUCAAACCUACGGCUACUAUACAAAAGCAAUGAUGCAGUUCAGCGCGCCAUUCUGGGUCGAAAAGGGCUUUUGCGGCUUGGCGCAGUCUUUCAUCGGGCCUGCUGCGGUAGUGCGUGACACGAGCAGCCCCGAAGACAAGAAGUUCGUCUUGACCUGUUUCAUGGCAGGUGAACCUGGAAAAGCAUGGGCAGCGAUGGCAACCGCCGAGCGCGAAAACAGCUUGCUAGACCAGCUCAGCCAUCUCUACGGGGUCAAGGAUAUCCGCCGUCUUUUCCUUCGCAUGGUCCUGUAUGAAUGGGUCAGUGAUGAGUACUCUGGGUGGGGAUGUCCCUGCACAUCACUCACUCCCGGCGUCCUCGACACACUGGGAGGAGACGCACUCCGGGAGCCGUAUCGUGAUAUUCACUUUGCGGGGACUGAGACGGCAGGCGAGUGGAAGGGUUACAUGGAAGGCGCCGUACGAAGCGGAGAGCGGGCAGCGGCCGAGGUUGUGGAAAGUCUUAGAGGCGGCAUCGUGUCCCGCCUGUAA